GUGAUGAGAGGCGGCGGCACGGGAGGGCGAGAGCGAGGACGGCGCUGGCAGUGGCCACAUCAUCGGGGAGCGACGCGGCCGCCGCGGGAGAUUGAAGUGCGGGCGCUGCGAGGGCAGGAACCGGGAGCCCGACGGCCGGCUGCGCUCUCGGAAGGAGAAGCAGGACCAGGAGCCCCAGAAGCGACGGAUUUUAUGGAGCUGGAAGCGGUGUGAAACUUGGCAGCUGCUCCGCGCGGAUCCCACAUGCGAGUGGAUAAGGUGCGGCCGGCUGCUGCUCCUGGGGGCUGCCUUCUCCUGCCCCACCUGCUCCCGGUGCCUUUUCCAGACCCCCCUGGACAGGAUUCCCUAGCCAUGUGGGGGUAGGAGCGGCUCUUCCCAGCGGGAAGCGGUGAACAUGGAGGCGGCGUGCAAGGGAGGCGGCGGGGAGCAGAGUCAUCGCAGGGACAGCCCUGGGGACGCCUCCAUGGACGGCUACUUGCGAUCUCAGGGCUUGUACAGAAAGAGAGUUGCCAAGGAUGGAUCCUGCCUUUUCAGAGCUGUGGCCGAGCAGGUGUUAUACUCUCAGUCUCGGCAUAUUGAUGUUAGGAUGGCUUGUGUUGACUAUCUCUGGAAAAACAGGGAGAAAUUUGAAGCAUUCAUAGAGGGGCCAUUUGAAGAGUAUUUAAAAUGUCUGGAAAAUCCACAGGAAUGGGUUGGACAAGUAGAAAUAAGUGCCCUUUCUCUUAUGUACAAGAAAGAUUUCAUAAUAUACCAGGAACCAAAUGCUUCUCCUUCACAUGUAACUGAGAAUGGCUUUUCUGAUAAGGUAUUGCUGUGCUUCUCAAAUGGGAGCCACUAUGAUAUUGUUUAUCCCAUAGAGUAUUCAGAAAAGGCUGCUAUGUGCCAGUCUCUGCUGUAUGAGUUGCUGUAUGAGAGAGUGUUUGAUACAGAUGUAAAGAAAAUCAUAGAAGAACUUAGUGCUGCUGAUGUGACGGAGGAAAGUAAUGGUAGCAGUGAAGUAUCUGCUUCAGAUUCGGAAGAUGACAACUACAGAACUAAAGCUACACCAGUUAGUGAUGUGAAUGGAUUGAAAUCUCUUUCUGGCAACAAGCACCUUAAGAGCAAUGGGAAUCCUACCUUGUUGGGCUUGCCUAAAAAAGUUCUUAAAUCGCUCCAUCCCACAGUUUACAGAAAUGUUGAAUAUGAUGUUUGGCUCCAAUCCAAAUGGGAUCAGCAAAAGCAAGAUUUUUCUAUUGCUGCUGGCAUGCAAUACUCGGUUGGAGAUAAAUGUAAAGUGCGCUUAGACCAUAAUGGGAAGUUUUAUAAUGCCCAUAUUCAAGAAGUUUGUUCAGAGAAUGGGCCAGUUGUUGUGUUUGUAGAACAGCUUGGAGCAAAGCAUGCUGUCUCACUGAAGAGCCUUAAACCUCUUCCACAGACCUCUCCUAUGGAGGGCUGGAACACUGUGCCAGGGAAGAAGAUGAAAAAGUUUUUCCCAACGUGGGGGCAGAAUGCUCAGCCCGAUGCAGAUUGCAGAGGGCCGAAGAAUCAGAGCAAGUCGAUAAAACCCCAGUCAGCUCUACCUCCUCGGCUUCAGCAUACUGUGGGAACUAGGCAGCACCAGUUCUUAUGUUCUGGACCCCAACCUCAUCAGACCUCAGCUGAGCAAAAAACUCCAGGCAGGAAUCCUUCCCAGACUGCAAGGAAACCAGACCGGGAGAGAACCGAGGAUCUGAACCACGGCAGUAGAGACAGUAACUACUUUGGCCUCUCUCCAGAGGAACGCAGGGAGAAACAAGCUAUAGAAGAAUCUCGUUCGCUUUAUGAGAUCCAGCAGAGGGAUGAACAAGCUUUUCCCGCUCUUUCCAAUAAUCAGUCGGUCUGUCAGGCUGCUACGCAGACUGUGGAUAACUUAAACCAGAAAAAGUUCUCAAAUAAUGAAAGAAGAAACAGCAAGUGGACAGCAGAGGUGGAAGAGCAGAAGGAUAAAGAGUCAAAUUCCAAGCAGAUCCACUUAAGUCAGAAGCUUGAGCCAAAUUCAUCUGAGAAGAAUAAUCAAGAUGAGAGUUAUCCGAAAGCUCCAUCUCCUUUGGAACAAGUUAAAACAGAUUCUCCGAUUCUCGCUGAGCAAGUAAGAAAUGUUUGUUUGAUUUCAAAGUUUUCCAGUCAGGAGACUUCAGACAAAGGGGAGCUUCAUCACAGCCACAACCUGACAGAAUGCUUACCAAGUGUUACUCCAACACCCUCACCUGUCUUUUCCGAGGUGCAUUUACCUCCAGCAGUGCCUUCCGUACCAGCCAUUGUGCCAGCUUGGCCAAGUGAGCCAACAACCUAUGGACCAGCAGGUAUUCCAGCCCAAAUACCUGCUUCCUCAUUGAUGCCAGCCCCAGCAACAGGACCUGACUCUAUAGUAUCCCAGGCUCAGGUAACAUCUGCUCCAGUUGCUGGAGUUCCUGUGUCGCUACAAGCAGUUAACCAGCCUUUAAUGCCUUUGCCUCAGACUCUGAAUCCUUAUCAGGAUCCGCUGUACCCUGGAUUCCCUCUUAGCGAAAAGGGAGAAAGAGCCGUUGCACCCUCUUACUCCCUGUGCAAUACUGGGGAAGACUUGCCUAAAGAUAAGAAUAUUCUUAGAUUUUUCUUCAAUCUUGGUGUGAAGGCGUACAGCUGCCCCAUGUGGGCGCCCCAUUCUUACCUGUACCCCCUGCACCAGGCCUACUUGGCUGUCUGUAGAAUGUACCCAAACGUGUCCCUUCCUGUGUAUCCGCACAACCCCUGGUUCCAGGAGGCUCUACCAACUCAGAAUGAAAACGAAACCACACGAACAAACAGGCACUUUCCUGUUCAGAGUGAGGCCCGAUCCAAUGGCCAGAUCCCACAGGCUGAUCGAUCUCCAUCACUGCCUCUGAUCGUACCUACGGCUCAGGUGUCGGAAAGUCAAGGACAACAGGUCUGCAUAGAACCGGAGAACCCAGCGCAAGCUCUUCAUGCAAACUACGAGGAAUCCCUGAGGGGGAAAAACGUGUUCCCACAGUCACCCUUUGGACACAAUCACUUCGUAGGAGCUGUUCCAAUAGCACCUCCUUUCUUUCCUCACUUUUGGUAUGGGUACCCAGUUCAGGGUUUUGUUGAAAAUUCAGUAGUGAGACCUAAUGUUGUUCUGUCUCCUGAGGACAAAGAGGCGACCGCUAACACCUCUGUGAACACAUAUGUGGCCAAGGAAUGCAGCCCUCCAGUUCCUGCAGUAAACUCUGCAGAACAGAUUCAGAAGACUAAGAGCAGCGGUGGCUCAAACACUGUGCCGUUCCCUGUGGCUGGGGCAAGCAGUGAAUGCAGCGCCCCGAAGGAAACUGCCGCUAGGGCGCCUCAACUGGAGCAACCUUGUCCUUCGCCUUCCCCUGCUAAGCAAAAAUCGACUGGGCAGCAAACUCGUUCUCCGCAGACACAGGGGACUGACAGGCAGCCAGCGGUGUCCAAUGCUCCGCCAGUGUCGGCAGAGACACCCAAAAGUGAACUGAAAAAUAGUAUUCCCAGUCGUAAGGAGAAGACUGAUAAAGGACGAGAUUCCAAGGGCGCUGGUCACCUGCAGACAGAAAGCAGGGCACAGAGAACGAGGGAAGAGAGCUCGGAAGAUGAGACUGAAGUUUCCGAUAUGCUGAGAAGUGGUAGAUCCAAGCAAUUUUAUAACCAGACUUACGGGGGAGGCAGAAGGCCUAGGGCUGAGUGGGGUUAUUCCGGUAGGGGAGGAUACCAGUUCCAAAGGAAUGAGGAAGCCUGGAAAGGACAAGCCAGCAGAAGCAGAGACGACGGCUACCAGUAUCAGCGAAACUUUAGAGGGAGGCCAUAUAGGAAUGACAGGAGAAGGGCAGCACUGGGAGAUAAUCAGAGGGGGCAUCAAGCGUAGAAUGCAUGGAUAAUUGAAAAGUUUAAAAUGCAAAAAGUGAUUUGAAGUAGCAGUUCAAGAUCUUAAUCUUUCUUUUUAGUAAAGUUUAACUUUCGGCAAGUACAGACUAGGAGGACGUGAACUCCAACUUGAUGGUUUUUGGGGAUUAUAGUUUGUUUGGCUUAGCAUUUUUUCCUUGAUGUCAAAUUAGGAAAAAAAAAUAGGUUUAGCGUUUGAGAAUUUUUUUCCGCCACAAAGGUUUGAGUUUGUGACAGAACAUGGAUUCGUGCAUUUACUAGCGGCAAAUUACAGCAUUUGAUGUGAUCUAGGUUCUAAAGGUGAUGGUAACAUUGCACCAAAUAUAAAUAUAUAUUUUCUCAUACAAUGCCUUAGUUCUGAACUGAGCUAAAGGAACUCUCAGCCUACUGCACUGUUGUCUUUGAUGCUUCCAACCCAAAGGCCUUUCAUCUCAAAAGAUAAAAAACAAUCUGUCAGACUUGAAUGUUUCUCUCCAGUGUGUUACACGUACAGCAGCCAGCUGAUCCUGUGUCUUAGGUUUGUUGUAUAUAGUUCUUUUCAUAUUCAUAGGGUAUAUUUUUGAAUUUGAAAAAGCAUUUAUUGUUGAAGUUGAAACCAAGACAAGCAGUCAAGAAUAGCUGUGUAUGAAUUGGUAAGAAUGGCCGUUUCCACCAAGAGUUCUUAAUGCUGGUGACUAGAAUGGUGCCUAUGCCAACUGAAUAAUUACAAAGACAAUAAAAAUGUAGAUGCUAUGCAUUUCCAAAAUAAUUCUGCAUCUGUUAUAAUAGCAGAAGUUUUUUUAAUGCCACUUUAACACUAAUGCACUGACAAAUCCUAGAUAUUUUGUGAGGAGAGACGCAUAAAGUACAUGUUACGCCUCUAAGUUUGUAUGGUUGAGCUACUGUUCAGUAUUCCUUUGUUGUUGCACUGUUGAUGCAAAUUUACGUUUUGCAUGUACAACUCCUUGCUGGAACUACUUUUAAAAUCAAGAUGGAGAGUCUUGGUGUGCUCUGCUCUUCCCUAAAAUUCAGAAGAAAGUGGCUUCUGCCUUAUUUUUUACACUGUGUCAGAGUUCUGAUGCUGUUUCUUCUGACCCUGAAAACGAUCUCUGCAGCGUUCCUGUUGCCUUUGCAGUUUGGAUGUUCAGCCAUCUGGACUCGGCGAGUGCAGGGUACACAGUAUUCACUCAGCUCUGCUCUGUAAAAUUGACUGUUGUGUAUAUUUUUAUAUCUCUGUACAUACUUGUGGAGGUGACGGUAUCCUUUGUUCAUGUCUGAGAUUGCUCCCUCGAUCAGGAAACUUGAGUGAUUAAUAGUUAUGUGAUGAAGAAUUUCUUUUCAGAUGCAUGCCAUGUAUAAAGCCCUACUUAAAAUAAAUGUUUGUCUUUUCACUUGC